AUGAAAGUCCUGCUAGCUUUCUUCGUUUUGGGUCUUUGUGGUAAGUUCCGAUCCUUUGGUACCACGUCAAUCAUCCUCAUACCAGCCCAAAGCGUCUUAUCGUCCCGAGUCGUAAAACGCAGUAAAGAUCUCCGCCAACAAGUGCUCGGAGAGCUCAACGAGUUCCGUUCAAAGUAUGCCGAAGCAGCACAAGUCAGCAAUAUGAAUGAGUUGUCCUAUGACUUGGACCUGGAGAGAGAAGUCAGUAAAUACUCGUCUUGUUCCCUUGACAAACCUGCACGCCGUUGGCUUCAAUCACAGCUGACAUACCGUCUUCGGGAUAAACAGUUUGAGAGUGACUUUGUUUCUUACACUAUCCAGCACAGAGAUAACACGACGCAGCUAAAACGUUAUUUUGGAUAUGAAGAUUACUUUUGGGGUGUCCUUCAUGCUCCAGCGAGUAAAGUUGGAUGUGUUCGAUAUUCAAGUCCGUGUAUCGGUAUUAUCAACGAUAUACCAAUGUCUCCCCCUGUAAUAUUCACGAAACUCAAAAGUAUCACAGCAUCAGGAUUCUGUCUUUUUGGACCAAUCAUGAAGUACACUCGAGAUGACAUCAGUUAUGGAGAACCGGGAUCCAACUGCCGUGGAGAGCAUACUGAAGGUGGAUUGUGCAAAGCGUCUAAUUAG